CAAGAGGGCACCACCACCACCAGCACCAGCACCACCAGCACCACCCACAAGAGGGCACCACCACCACCAGCACCACCUCCACCACCCGCGGUGCAUGCGACCUGGGCCCUCUCUGGCCAUGAUCAUCGCGACCAGCACCACCAGCAGCACAGCCAGCGUCACCAGCAGCCGGCAACCACCCCCGCUAUGCUACUCACCGCCUGCUACGUCUACCUCUUCUUCAGGAUGCGACGUCUCGCUGCUGCUACUGCUGCUGCCUCCUCCUCCUCCUCGGCGUCGUCGUCGUCUCCCGAGGCAAUCCUCGUCGCCCUGCGUCGCUCCGUGGUCGACUCGGCGAGUCUCUCCCUCUCGUCUCGACCCGACUGCCCCACGCCGGGGGGACGCGGGCAGGGCCGCGUGUGCGAGCUCGUGCAGCCCAAGGUGCGCGUCGACGUGAGCGGGUGGAUCAGGACCGGCGCCCCGCGGGCCCGGGGCCCCGACCUCGUCACCUUCGUGGUCGAGGUUCGCUCCCCGUCGGCCGGGGCGGUCCCCGGCGGGGAGGCCCCGCAGGCCGGCGCGGCGGCACUGUGGUCCCGGUGCUGCGUGCCGCUGGCGCUGAGGCUCGGGGAGCCACGCCGCGUCCUCGCCGAAGCCACGGAAGAGGCCUUCGCGAGGCUGGGAGCGGCCUUCCUCACCGUCGGGCUCCAGCUCGACUCGGGGGAGGAGGCCCACUCGCUCAUCUCCGUGGACUUAGAGGGCUUCCUCUGCACUGAAGCGGGCCCUCCUAAAGUGCAACUCGAAAGCUCUGAAGAAGCUGUCGGGUGCCAAGUCUUGCACAGGCACAACCCAGCGUGUUCUGUUGGAACGAGACCAAAAGGCGACCCCGAGGUGACCUGUGAGGCUGAGGUCACCGCCACUCGACUGCCCAGAGCCCAGGGCGCGGCAGAGAUGGCCGGGCCGCUCGGCGAUGCGAGAGGCGCCGGCUGCCACGUGGGCGAGCCGCGUGUGGCGGCGGCGGCGGCGUCGACGGGGGAGGAGCCCGAGGAUGCCCGGCCCCUGCACCUGUCGAGCUGCUGCGAGUGCCUCGGGCUGGAGAGCAGCACCAUCGAGUCCGUGCGCUCCGCCUCCAUGGAGAACCUCGUGGAGCUCCCGCGAGACUGCGACAGCGACGACGACGACGACGACGACCAUCACGACUGCGAGCGGACCGCCAACACGGACCCCGAGCGCCAGGGCGCGCCCAGGGCGGACGGCCGGGAAGACCCGCGGGGCGGCCGGCAGAGCGGUUCGGAGGACGAGCGGCCGGACGAGCCGGGAAGCGAGGCGCGGGAGGGAACGCGAGCGCGGGGUCACGGGUCGUCGAACAAGCCGCCCAACGUGCUGGUUUACACCGGGCAGGACGGGCCCGACGCUGACCGCAGGUUCGUGCUCGCGUGCGCCGCCCUCCGCUCGGUGCUGCGCCCCGACCACUACACCGUCUACCGCCUGGAGGAGGCGCCGGCUCGGGCCCACCCGUGGCCCGAGCACACGCGGCUGCUGGUGCUGGCGUCGCCACGGCCGCUGCCCGAGGAGACGAGCGAGCGCUUCCUCGCGUACGCGGCCAGCGGCGGCGCCGUGCUGGCGCUCUGCUCGCGCGCUUCGUGCGGUGGCGUGGGCGUGCGGCGGGGAGGAGGAGGGCAGGAGGAGGAGGAGGGCGCACGCGUGGCGCAGCCAAUCAGGUUCCAGAGGGGCGGCGACAAGCCCGAUGUCAUCCUUAGCGCACCCACCGACGGGGUCAUCGUGGGGGUCGGAGGUGACGGCGCGGAGGUCACGGCCGCCCUGGAGGAUGCUGGGUGCGUGGAGGUCUGGGCUCGAUUGGCCGGGUCUGGAGGGGAAGCCGUGAUCGUCUACCAGGCCUACGGGGAGGAGGGCGGCGCCGUGGUGCUCUGCCAGGUCGACCUGACGGGCUCCCUGGCCGGAGUCGAGGGGGUCCUGGCGACAGACGGCGAAGCGCGCUGCAAAGUUCUCGCCGAGAUCCUGUGCCACCUGGGUUUGAACUGUGGGCCAGGCGACGCGCCCACCCUCACCCCGGCUAUACUGUGGGCCCUGGAGCCGCGCAUGAAGCGUUCCCUGCUGAGCGCCCUGGAGCCCCGGCUAAGCGAGUCCGGGGUGCUGGCAUCCCGCAGGGUCUCGCUCCGGUUCGUGCGCUCGCUCGCGGACGGCGCCGUCGCCACGCCGACCCUGCUCCCCGUCGUCACCGAGGCGCCCCCCGACCUCCUGACCCCGCCGCACUUCGACCUGGAGACGUACCGCGGGAUGCUGCGCACGCGGCUGCUGGGGCGGCUGGUGGUGCACUGUGAGGUGGUGGGCUCCACCAUGGAGCUGCUUGAUGGUGUGAUCCCUCACCUUCCAGACGAUGUCGGCCUCAUCGCCAUCGCCACCCGGCAGACUCAGGGCAAAGGCCGGGGCGGGAACGCGUGGCUGAGCCCCGUCGGCUGCGCCAUGUUCACGCUGCCGCUGGCGGUGCGCUCCGACUCGCGCCUGGGGCAGCACCUGCCGUUCCUGCAGCACCUGGUGGCGCUGGCGGUGGUAGAGGGCGUGCGCUCGGCGCCGGGAUACGAGGACAUUGACUUGAGGGUCAAAUGGCCAAAUGACAUUUACUACGGGUCGGAGUUCAAGGUGGGUGGAGUCCUGGUCAACUCCACCCUCACUGGAGACACCUUCCAAGUGCUCAUUGGUUGCGGCGUGAACGUGAGCAACGACCGCCCCACAUGGUGCGUGAACGCCGCCGUGGCGGAAUGGAACGGAGCCAGGAGAGCGGGAGAUGCGCCGCUGGCUCCGAUGAGCACCGCCGGAUCCAUCGCGAGCACCGUCACGCAGCUGGAGCGGCUCGUCGACUCGUUCCAGGCGGGCGGCCCGGCUGCCGUCCUGCCGCUGUACUACCAGCGCUGGCUGCACAGCGGGACCCAGGUGCGACUCAACAGCGACACCGGACCAGAGGCCACGGUGCUCGGACUCGACGACUUUGGGUUCCUGCGCGUCCUCUCUCGGGACGGCACCACGCUCACCCUGCAGCCCGACGGCAACUCGUUCGACAUGACGCGCAACCUCAUCGUGUGCAAGCAGUAGGGGGCCCGCACCGCCAGAGCCGGUGGAGUCUGAACGCCGGACUCGGUAGGAAAAGCGGCAUCCGGAGGGCAGCAUCGCCGAUUCAAAGGGGAGAGUUGCCAUUACUCCGUCUAGGACACGGAUACAGGAUUCAGAAGGGUCCUGGAGUUGCUCCCACACCUUGGAGGAUAUCCCGCGUCCCUCAUCCGACGUCCCACGUCCCAGAAAGUCACUCGAUUGGCCGCGAGUCAUUUUUACUCAACUGUGUUGCCAGGAAAACCCCCAAAACGUGUCUCUCCCUAGAUCUAGCAACAAAACUUGGCGAGUGGGCAAAUCUGGCUUCUGUCGUGUUUACACUGUGGACACAUGCUGUCCCCUGCUGUUUACACGGUCGCACGCAUGCUGGAUGAGUGCCUCCUUGCACCUACUUACUGCGGUAAGUAGGUGCAAGGAGGCACUAAUCCAGCGGGUCGUGGUGGUUAUUUGACCGUCCUGCACCGUGCAGUUCGAUGAGAGAGUAGUGCAGUGCAACAGCAAUACCGUCCAUUUAAUUACCAAGCAGAGCUUCACCGGGUCUUAACUGUACAGUAUUUAGGAGGGUGCUGCUGCUGCUGAUACGUUGGGAUGUUUGGCCUUGAAUGCCGUUGGUAGCGAGAGCUUUGGCUUCGUGUGGGAGGAACGCCGGAGACAACUCGCACGCAUGAGCGCAUAGCAGAGCUCGGCACGAAUCGCUUCAACCCACGGGGUCCAAUUCACGGGCCCCAUCUGGACCCACUGCCGCCGUUCCGCCACAACGUUGGCCUCUCCGGCAGCCGCGCUCCUGUAGCGCCCAAUACCCACGGCUGGGUUCCCAUCCAGAUGACGGGGAGAUGCUAUCUCGAACGCGUUGCGAGCCGGGGCUGAAAAAGCACACGAGAUGGACAGUCGAGCCCGGGACCUCGUCACACUGGGCAGACACCGGAUCGGAGACGCCACGGUGUUGAGAUGUUAACUACCUCGCCUGGUCCCUACCAGGUCUUGGGUUCGAUUCUGACCCCGAUGCCUCGAUAUUUGGAGUGCUCGUGAUCUCCCUGUGGGGCGCGUGGGUUGUUCUCCGGGCCCCUCACUGUUUUGCCCUCCACAUUUACACACACAUGGGCUUAGAAUAUUUGGCAGCUGAUAUAAAUCCCCACGUGCGAUGGCGAUGAUUUUAGCCACUUCGACGAGCUAUUUGCGCGUAUUGGCCAGGUCGCCUCUGAAAAAUGGCCCAUCGCUCGGCGGGGCUUUGCUUGUAAGAUAAAAGGGCUGCUCGCUCGGCCCGAUUCUGAUCAAUCCCGUAGGUGCUGGCGCAUGCAGGGGUAGUUUGGUUAUACGUGGCGAGUUGGCCAGGGUUUGGCGAGCAGCUAUUAGGGGCUUUGCGAACAGCGCUUACCGCAAACAGUUCGUAUAGGCCAGGGGUCGGCAACCUACGGCUCCGGAGCCGCAUGCGGCUCUUUACGGGCUGCUUCUUGACGAUGAGUACGUAUGUACUCAGAUGCAUUGCGGCUCUUGAAAUACUGAAUUUUGUACCGAAUUGGAAGGAAAUGGCUCUUUUGUUAUUUUGGUUGCCGACCCCUGGUAUAGGCUUACAGGGGGAAAGGGGGUGAUCUUUGGGGUUUGGUGUGAGGUUGACGAGUGGGUGGCGUGAGACCAAAAUUCCCUUGCCCGUGAUGCUGUGAGAGCGUGAGACGCGUUUGGAAACAGCUUUUUGUUUUGUUUGUCAAAAGUUAGGACGGUUUAUUCCAGUUAACGCUGCUGUUGUUGUGUUGUAAUCCAGCGCUUAAACCCGUGUACAAUAAAGAGAUUAUCUGACUUUG